AUGGUUCACAAACGUCGCAGUUUUCCUUUUAAAUGUUGCUGGUUAUUGGCAAUAUUCAUUGCUCUCAGACAGGGAACACUAUCUCAAGAAUUUUGCGAAAAAAAUACACAAGACGAAAACUGCAAAGAACAAUUCCUGUAUUCUAAAGAUGAUGUAAAAGUUUUAACCGUUGCCACCGAUGAGAAUCAUGGUUUGGAGAGAUUCCUCAGGUCAGCUAAGGUGAAUGGAAUUGAUGUUGAAGUGCUCGGCAGAGGAACAAAAUGGACUGGAGGUGACAUGAAUCUACCUGGAGGAGGGCAAAAGAUUAACUUGCUCAAAGAAAAGUUAAAAGACUUAUCAAAAUCAGGCACAAAUGAAAAAAUUAUACUAUUUACUGACAGCUAUGAUGUCUUAUUCCUAGCAAGCAUUGAAGAUAUAUUGAAAAAGUUCCGGUCAUUCCCUGAAACACGGGUAUUAUUUGCUGCAGAACAAUUUUGCUGGCCAGAUACUAAACUGGCUUCACAAUAUCCAAACACAGAAAUUGCAAAUCCUUAUCUAAACUCUGGUGGAUUUAUAGGUUACUUACCGGAGAUACUUCAAAUAGUUAAUUAUAAACCAGUCAGUGAUAAAGAUGAUGACCAGCUAUAUUAUACAAAGAUUUAUUUGGACAAGAAAUUAAGGGAAACCCUCAAAAUAAAGUUGGAUCACAACUCUGCUAUAUUUCAAAAUCUGAAUGGAGCUUUAUCUGAUGUUCAAUUGAAAUCUAAUACCAGUACAGAAACUUGGCCAUAUAUAGAGAAUGUUGUCACCAAACAGCGACCUCUUAUAGUUCAUGGAAAUGGUCCAUCCAAGCUGACACUGAAUCAUUUUGGCAACUAUUUAGCCAAAGCAUGGUCUGCUACAGAGGGCUGUGCUCUAUGUAAUGAAAAAAGAAUUGAACUCAAGGAGGAUAAGCUACCUACAGUGAUGAUGGCAGUAUUUAUAGAACAAGCGACACCAUUUCUGGAAGAAUUUUUAGACCAAGUACUUACAACUGAUUAUCCAAAGGAGAAGAUUCAUUUACUGCUGAGAAAUAAUGUGGAAUAUCAUGAGACGGAAGUUGAUGAUUUCUUUCAAGCUCAUGCCAAGGACUAUGCUACUGCAAAACGUAUCAAACCCAGUGAUUUCAUCUCUGAAUCAGAAGCUAGGAAUAUUGCCAAGGACCGUUGCAUAAACAGUGCAUGCGACUAUUUGUUCUCAAUAGACAGUUUGUCCCGUUUGGAAGCAAACACGUUGCGUCAUCUAUUAUCUUCGGGUUAUGACGUAAUCGCCCCGUUGCUAGUGCGGCCUGGGCUCGCGUGGUCCAACUUCUGGGGUGCUGUGAACUCCGCCGGCUUCUACGCUAGAUCUUCCGACUACAUGGAUAUUGUCUACCAAAACAUCAAGGGCGUGUGGAACGUGCCUUUCAUCACGAACUGCUACCUAGCCAAGAUGUCAGUGUUCAGACUGCCUGCUACUAAGUCGGUUACUUACACUACAGAUGGAAUUGAUCCCGAUAUGGCAUUUUGCGCUAGUCUAAGAGAAGUUGGUGUGUACAUGUAUGUUAGCAAUGAAUUAGAUUUUGGACAUUUGGUUAAUCCAGAAACAUACGAUAUUAGCCGCACGAACCCAGAUAUGUAUCAGCUCUUUGAUAAUAAAAUGGAAUGGACUACACGCUAUUUGCACGAAGAUUAUCAUCUCAACUUCGAUGAAGAAAGAAAGCAUUUAAUGCCGUGUCCCGACGUUUACUGGUUCCCACUGAUGUCCAAAAGGUUCUGUUCAGAAUGGAUUGAAAUUAUGGAGGCAUUUGGACAAUGGAGUGAUGGAUCCAACAAUGAUAAACGCCUUGAGAGUGGAUAUGAAGCAGUACCUACUCGUGACAUACAUAUGAAUCAAGUUGGUUUGGAGAAACAUUGGCUUCAUAUAUUGAAGGAAUUCGUGCGGCCACUUCAAGAGAUGGUCUUUACCGGAUAUUAUCACAAUCCCCCGGUAUCGGUAAUGAACUUCGUCGUGCGCUACAGACCAGAUGAGCAGCCAUCUCUUCGUCCACACCACGACUCUUCCACUUACACUAUCAAUUUAGCACUCAACACACCGAAUGUUGACUUUGAAGGUGGCGGCUGCCGUUUCAUUCGGUACAACUGUUCGGUGCGCGACACUAAGCUCGGAUGGCUAUUGAUGCACCCUGGCCGCCUCACGCAUUACCACGAGGGCUUGCUCGUCACCAAGGGCACAAGAUACAUUAUGAUUUCUUUUGUGGAUCCGUGA